AUGGAUGCUGAAACUCGCAACGUCGACGACAAUGAGUUUCAAAUGCGUACACGUGGUAACAGUACUACUGGUGGAGCAACCAGUGGUGAGGAGAGUGAAUGGAUCGACUAUACUGAUACUAACCAAGGACGCUUGGAAGGUCUGAAAAUCAAAGACAUGGGAGCAGAUAAUGGUGACAUAGCGGAAGACGACCACGUCGAUGAUGAGGACCAAAAAGUCCAGACAGAAUCCGUUAGAACAUGGGGUCAAGUAGAAAAGAAGGAGGAUGAUCAUCAGAAUGAUGAUCAUUUUGCGACGUUGAGAUCCAAGUCUACAUAUGUUAUACCAGCCCAGAGACAGUCACAAGCGAUGCGCUCUUCUCAAAAAGUGGACAUAUCUAAUAAUGAGAUGUUUCCUUCGCUUGCUGAUGCUAGCAAAAUCGAGAAAGACAAAAAAGAAGAGGCAAAAUCUGGCGGAUGGUUGAAGACAGGGAGUAACCAAAAUACCGCUUCAGAAAAUCGGCCUCUAUCAAACACAAAUCGCUGGAAUAUUUCUUCGGGCCCUCCUCCGAAUGCUGCUCGUGAACGUGAUAACGCAAUAAAGGCUGUUGCUGCGUACAAUGCGCAGAAUUCUACGCCAACACCAAUUAUACGUGAAAAAGAAGCAGAUGCACCUAAGCCGGAGAAAAGAAGAAAGACUGAAGUAGCAUUCCAGAAUAGAAGAGAGCGUAAAAUGGUACUGCAAGACCGGAAAGGAAAGGGAAAGGAAACUGAAAUGAUUGAUCUAGAUGAGGCAGUCGCCCUUCCUGCUCUUGCUACAGAGGACGUCUCUUACAUGGAAAUGGUACGAACUGUAACAAACGUCCUAUCUCAACAGGUAAACCCAAGAACGUUUGAAUUAGGAACAGAAUGUCAAAAGCACACGGUAGUCGCAGAACAUUCCUACCAGAUGUUUACAUCAAUUUUUGGUGAAGUACAGAAUGCUUUACGUGGUAUGACCUUGAUAUCAUCACGAGCAGUGCGAUCUGUGCCGCGUUCAAUGCCAUCAGCUAUGACAACGCCCUCAGAACCGCCGAUGCCUGACAAGUUAUAUAGCUCAAUUGAGUUGGAGUAUCGCGGUCAUGAUCCAGAGGUGCUGAAGUCCUACACAAAAUUUCUUGAGAUAAGUGGGUUGCCACGUCCUGUUCGAGCUAUCGAUUUAUUGAUUAAUUGUGAUAGCCAAAAACUAGAGCUUUCGAACAUUCACGAAUUUCAUGUACGGAAUCUAACGGGCAGUACAGCAAACACUUUUUUGGAAUACAUACAGCGAAAUAUUCCCGAAGGUGUAGGUAUGCGUGUGGGUUAUUUAGAGAUACAACCUCUUCCACCGACUGUUAACCCUACGGAGAAGAUAUCUUGA